CCGCCUCCUGUCUAUAAGAGUGGUGCGGCACUGCAGCUCCGCAGAUCUCACCGAGACCCGUGACCCCGACUCUACGUGAGACGUACAGCCCAAACUCAUCAUGCGUGAGUGCAUUUCAGUCCAUGUGGGGCAGGCAGGAGUCCAGAUGGGCAAUGCCUGCUGGGAGCUCUACUGUCUGGAACAUGGGAUUCAGCCUGAUGGGCAGAUGCCCAGUGAUAAGACCAUUGGUGGAGGGGACGACUCCUUCACCACCUUCUUCUGUGAAACUGGAGCUGGAAAACAUGUGCCUCGGGCGGUCUUUGUGGAUUUGGAGCCUACUGUAAUUGAUGAGAUCCGGAACGGCCCAUACCGCCAGCUCUUCCACCCAGAGCAGCUUAUCACUGGGAAAGAAGAUGCGGCCAACAACUACGCCCGUGGUCACUACACCAUUGGCAAGGAGAUCAUCGACCCAGUGCUGGACCGGAUCCGCAAGCUGUCUGAUCAGUGCACAGGACUUCAGGGCUUCCUAGUAUUCCACAGCUUUGGAGGAGGCACUGGCUCCGGCUUCACCUCUCUGCUGAUGGAGCGGCUUUCCGUUGACUACGGCAAGAAGUCCAAGCUGGAGUUCUCCAUCUACCCAGCCCCACAAGUGUCCACGGCUGUGGUGGAGCCCUACAACUCCAUCCUGACCACCCACACCACCCUGGAACACUCGGACUGUGCCUUCAUGGUGGACAACGAGGCCAUUUAUGACAUCUGUCGCCGUAACCUGGAUAUUGAGCGCCCAACCUAUACCAACCUCAAUCGCCUCAUCAGCCAAAUUGUCUCCUCCAUCACAGCUUCCUUGCGCUUUGAUGGGGCCCUCAAUGUGGACCUGACAGAGUUCCAGACCAACCUGGUACCCUACCCUCGCAUCCACUUCCCCUUGGCUACCUAUGCACCAGUCAUUUCUGCAGAGAAGGCCUACCAUGAGCAGCUGUCAGUGGCAGAGAUCACCAAUGCCUGUUUUGAGCCUGCCAACCAGAUGGUGAAAUGUGACCCUCGGCAUGGCAAGUAUAUGGCCUGCUGCCUGCUGUACCGUGGCGAUGUGGUGCCCAAGGAUGUGAACGCUGCCAUCGCUGCCAUCAAGACGAAGCGCAGCAUCCAGUUUGUGGACUGGUGCCCCACGGGCUUCAAGGUUGGUAUCAACUACCAGCCACCCACUGUGGUGCCUGGGGGUGACCUGGCCAAGGUGCAGCGUGCAGUGUGCAUGCUGAGCAACACAACUGCCAUUGCUGAAGCCUGGGCCCGCCUGGACCACAAGUUUGACUUGAUGUAUGCCAAGAGGGCUUUUGUACACUGGUAUGUGGGUGAGGGAAUGGAGGAGGGGGAGUUCUCUGAGGCUCGAGAAGAUAUGGCUGCCCUGGAAAAAGAUUAUGAGGAAGUAGGCAUCGACUCCUAUGAGGACGAGGAUGAGGGAGAAGAAUAGACAGCUACUUGGAGCCUGUUCACUGUGUUUAUUGCAAAAUCCUUUCGAAAUAAACAGUCUCCUUGCA